AUGGCAGAAUCAUUGCAGGAUCGCUUGCGCGAUCAUGCAAAGGCAUUUGAUGGCUUGCUGAGUCUGAUUCCUGCGAAGAUGUACUAUGGCGAAGAUACGAGCGACCAAUGGCAAAGAGAGAAGCAGACGAAGCAGGAAGCCGCAGCUGCCCGCCGAGCCAAGCUAGAUCCCGACAGCGCUCUGAACCGCAGCGCCAAAGAAGAGCUGGAGGAGCGAGCCAAGAACAAGCGAAAGCUGAGGCAAGUGGAACAAGAGGAGAAUGGGCCUGAAGAGGAAGAGUACGAGGUUGUAGCCGGCGUCGAGGCUGAGAAGCCUCUUGAAGGCUUGAGGAAACAGCACCCUGAGACUCCUCAUAAGAAGGCCAAGACCAAUGGCAACGUGGAGGCUGAGAGUGACGAUGAAGAAGAGGAAGAGGCAGCCGCAGACACGUCAAAUCUAUCAAGAAGAGAGCAGAAGCGAGCCGCAAAGCGAGAGAAGAAGGCUGAGAAAAAGACCGAGAAAAAGACCAAACAAGAGACAGGCGAACCACAAACUCCAGCUAAGCCUCCAGCCACAACAACAGUCAAAACACCCAUAAACGAUGCUGCUGAGGUUGCUGCCACGCCUGCGUCAAAGAAACAGAAGAACAAGAAAGCUGCCAAAGAAGCUCCUACACCUUCAAAACCUCAGCCGACUCCAUCAAAAUCAGAAGAAACAAAAGUCGAUGACUCUGAUAAAGCCGAUGAUCGGAUGGAAGGUCUCGACACCACGCUGGACUUCUCCGGGCUGCAGAGAGAAGAUGACGGCAGCGCUCCCGACUCCGAACCACACUCUCCCACAUUCGAUUCCAACGAGACUGCCAAUGGUCAACCCACACCGGCAGAGCUCGCCAGCACAACCACGUCCAUCUCCUCCGCUGCCCCAUCAGAAAAGCCAAAGCACAUCAAGAUCCCUGCAGACACCGAGGCUCUGAGGGCUCGUCUAGCUGCCAAGAUUGAGGCUCUCCGCGCGGCCAGAAAGGCCGAUGGAACAAAUGGCAAGCCUAUCCGCACAAGACAGGAACUCAUCGAAGCGAGAAGAGCAAAGGAGGCACAGCGCAAAGCACAUAAGAAGGAGCUCAGAAAACUGGCAAAGGAUGAGGAGCAGAAGAAGCGCGAAGAAGCCCUGGCAUCCAACUCCCCUGGCGUUAUGAGCCCCAACGUUAGUUUUGACGAUGCUCAGGGUAGCUUCUCCUUCGGACGCGUAGCAUUUGCUGAUGGAACACAAAUGUCCCACGACCUGAGCUACUUCCUCAAUAGAGGCAAGAAGAAGGGUCCUUCAGAUCCCAAGACUGCUCUUCUCAAGGUCCAGAACGAGAAGAAGCGGAUAGAGGAACUUGACAUCGAGAAGCGCAAGGAUAUCGAGGAGAAGGAGGCCUGGUUGAAUGCUCGCCGCCGCGCCGAGGGCGAAAAGAUCCACGAUGACGAGGCCAUGCUCAAGAAGGCCGUCAAGCGCAAGGAGGUCCAGAAGAAGAAGAGCGAAAAGGCAUGGAAGGAGCGGGCUACUGGCGUUGCUCAAGCCCAGCGGGAGAGACAAAAGAAGCGUGAAGACAACAUUAAGCAACGCCGGGAGGACAAGCUGCUGAAACGCUCAGGCAAGAAGAAGAAGAAGAGCGGUGCUGGGAAGAAGAAGGGAGGACGACCUGGCUUUGAAGGCAGCUUUGGAGUUGGCGGGAAAAAGAAAUGA